AUGCAUUCUCCCUCUAUUGUGCGGAUCGUCAUCACUGGCCUGGCAGCCACGUCCACCGUUGCUAGCUUUGAAGUUGGCAACGUUGGAGGACUCGCUCGGAGGAAUGUGGGGACCCUUCUUGCCCUCGCUGCACCAGCUUGGGCCAUGCCGGUCGAGAUCGAGGCUCGCAUGCCCCAUCAUCAGGGAAAGAAGGGUGGCAAGAACAACAAGCGCGAUGAGGAGGAGCUUGACACUCGUGAGCCCCAUCACCAAGGCAAGAAGGGUGGCAAGAACAACGGCCGCGACGUUGAAGUCCUCGAGACUCGUGAGCCUCACCACCAAGGUAAGAAGGGUGGUAAGAACAACGGCCGCGACGUCGAGCUAGACGCCCGUGAGCCCCAUCACCAAGGAAAGAAGGGCGGCAAGAACAACGGCCGCGAUGUUGAACUGGAGGCCCGCGAGCCUCAUCACCAAGGCAAGAAGGGUGGCAAGAACAACGGCCGUGACGUUGAGUUGGAGACCCGCGAGCCUCACCACCAAGGCAAGAAGGGCGGCAAGAACAACGGCCGCGACGUUGAAGAACUGGAAACCCGCGAGCCUCACCACCAGGGAAAGAAGGGUGGCAAGAACAACGGUCGCGACGUUGAGCUGGAUGCCCGCGAGCCUCAUCACCAAGGCAAGAAGGGUGGCAAGAACAACGGCCGUGACGUCGAGUUGGAGACCCGCGAGCCCCAUCACCAAGGCAAGAAGGGCGGCAAGAACAAUGGCCGCGAUGUGGACGAGCUCGAGACCCGUGAGCCUCAUCAUCAGGGUAAGAAGGGCGGUAAGAACAACGGCCGCGAUGUGGAAGAGCUUGAGACCCGUGAGCCCCAUCACCAGGGCAAGAAGGGCGGCAAGAACAACGGCCGUGACGUUGAACUCGAGACCCGCGAGCCCCAUCACCAGGGAAAGAAGGGCGGUAAGAACAACGGUCGCGAUGUGGAAGAGCUUGAGACCCGUGAGCCCCAUCAUCAGGGUAAGAAGGGUGGCAAGAACAACGGCCGCGAUCUGGAAGAGCUCGAGACCCGUGAGCCCCAUCACCAAGGCAAGAAGGGCGGCAAGAACAACGGCCGAGAUAUCGAACUCGACACCCGUGAGCCCCAUCACCAAGGCAAGGGCGGCAAGAAGGGGGGCAACUAAAGUAUUCGCUUCGACCGGUGUGAACGGCUUCAUCGUAUGAUUGCAAUGGGCUUGCAGGCACCAUUGAUGUCUUCCUAGGCACCAGGACAGGACACUUCCUUGCCUGCCUGAGAGCCGACAUUGGCGCCAAGACAUAAUUGAGAACGUAUCAUGUAUUUUGUAGUGCUACAUUAACGCAACGGGACUGGUCUGGUUGGCCUAGACAUGGGUCUAGCUAAAUUUAUCCG